AUGGCGAGCGUGUUCAAACGCGGCGUCAAGGCGACGCACGCGCCGAGAGGAGAGAAUGCGUCGGACGCGGGUGAACGGCGACGGGAACAGCGAGACGUUCGCCUCGACGCCGCGCUCCGCGCGUGGACGACGCGACGCGGGAGCCACGAGAGUAACGUCUCGGUCGCGAUCUGGCGGCGGGAGCGGUCGAUGGCGGAGGUGAUUCGAUCGAGGGGACGGCAAUUGCAACGCGUCGGGACGGCGCGCGGGAACGCGACGUGGUUAUUCGCGGAGGAGUGUGCGUUUUUAUGCGAGACGGAACGCCUGGCGUUGUUCUUUGAUGAACGAGAGGAGGAAUGCGCGAGCGUACGGGCGGUGUACGCGCUGAUGGCGCGAACGGGGGUGGGGUGGGAGGAGUACUUGGCGUACGCGCACCUACGCCGGUUGGGAUACGGAUGUCGACGGUUCGGGAGCGCGUGGACGGUGGACGCGAGAUCUUCGGACGAUUGGGCCAAGGAGACGGGCGGAAUAGGAAGGUGGGGGGAUGGGGAAAACGGUGACGGGGUGAAAACGGGGGAGGUUGAGGUUGAGCCGAUCGCGGAGCCGCCGGUGAAGCGGCGGCGCGUCGAGGAAACGCGAAAGAAACAGCGCGAUUUACCGAGUCGACGCUGGUGGCUCGCCGCCGGAGACGACGCGCACGAUUGGAUCGGCCCGGAGAUUGACGCCGCGGCGCGCGCUCGAACGGAAUCGCACGCGUUGGAGUACGACGAAUCACCGGUGGAGGCGCGGUUGACGUUUCAGGUGUACCAACCGAAUAGACAUUUUAGCAAAAAGUCACCCGAUCCGGUGAGCUUUUAUGUGUACGUGUGCUCCGAUCGUCCGCCGACGGGACGCGAGGCGCGAGCGCUGUUAGAUCAGGCCCAGGGUAAGCCCGUGCGCGUGGUGAGCUGCAGACAAUCGACGGUGAUGAUGUUCACGAUUGCGGGUGGGUGA